ACGUGAACAGGAAGUGGUGUCAACGUGUGCGUCGUUAUUUUCACUGCUGCUUGUGUUUUUGUCCUUUAAAAAAAAAAACCCUGCUAAGAAAACACGGGAGAUUGUUUUUUAUCUUUCUUUUUAUUUCUGUUUAGGGAACAAAAUGAAACACAACUCAAACGUUCCUGCUUUCCUCACCAAGCUGUGGACUCUGGUGGAAGAUUCCGACACUAAUGAGUUCAUUUGCUGGAGUCAGGAGGGGAACAGUUUCCUUGUCCUGGAUGAGCAACGCUUCGCAAAAGAAAUCCUGCCAAAGUUUUUUAAACACAACAACAUGGCCAGUUUUGUCCGACAGCUGAACAUGUAUGGCUUUCGCAAGGUGAUGCACAUUGACACCGGCAUAGUGAAGCAGGAGCGAGACGGACCAGUUGAAUUCCAGCAUCCUUACUUUCAGAAUGGCCGAGACGAUUUACUGGAGAACAUAAAGAGAAAGGUAUCCAGUACUAGACCGGAAGACAGUAAACUGAGGCAAGAGGAUCUGUCCAGAAUUCUGACCAGUGUUCAAACUGUGCACGACAAACAGGAAGACAUGGACGCCAGGCUGGCCACUUUGAAACGUGAGAAUGAGGCUCUGUGGAGGGAGAUGUCAGAUCUCAGGCAGAAGCAUGUGCAGCAGCAACGUGCUAUAAAAGAGCUUGUGCAGUUCAUCCUCACCCUGGUCCAGAAUAACCGUGUGCUGAACCUGAAACGCAAGAGGCCUCUGCUACUAAGCAGCAAUGGAAAGAAGUCAAAAUUCAUUUCCAAAAUCUAUGAGGAAGCAGUGGACCACAGCAACUCUGCAGUCAGUGGUCUGAAGAACACUGACAAUGCCGAUGAUGUCAUCAUCUGUGAUAUCACGAACGAGGACGCAGAAGUCACAGUGGACACGACGACAGCGGUAGAUGAAGGGGACGUAGAAAUCGUCGAGGUAGAUUGCGACAACAGCGAGACCACAGAAAACAGGAGCAUGAGCAGACAGUUAUCAACAGACACCACACUUCGAGCUGAAGGAGAAUCAUCAUUCGACAUUAUCCAGCCAACGUGCAGCGCGUUGCAGCUAAACCAUAGUUCAGCCCUGAGCCAGGAAGACCCUGUGAAGAUGAUGGACUCCAUCCUCAAUGAGAGCGGCACCAUUUCUCAGAACAUUAACCUCCUGGGAAAAGUUGAGCUGAUGGACUACUUGGACAGUAUUGACUGCAGCUUGGAAGACUUUCAGGCCAUGCUGUAUGGAAAACAGUUCUCCAUUGACUCCAACAUUCUAGAGGGAACCGGCUCAAACUCAAAAGGUGAAGGCAUUUCUGCAAAGGGUGAGACUGCAAAUUACGCUACAGAUAAACAACUGAUUCAGUACACCAGCUAUCCCUUGCUGGCCUUCCUUGAUGGUUGCAGUCCUCUCCCCUCAGUUGCCGAACCACAGCCUGAAGAUGUGAAGCCGAACCCAGAAGACACUGUGGACCUCCUGCAGUCAUCUCUGCAGACAGAAGAACCUCCACGCAGCUCAAUGAUCCGCCUGGAGCCCCUCACUGAAGCAGAGGCCAGCGAAGCCACACUCUUCUACCUGUGUGAACUGAACUCAGACCUGCCUCCUGCCGAUCUGCACCAACUCGACGUUUAAAGAUGAACGAGACCUUUCUUUUUUUGUACAUAGUCAUCAAAAUGAUCUAUUUAUUUAAUGCAAUUUUUUGGUACUUUUCUUCUCACAUUGAAAUGACAUUCCAUUAGAUCACAUCUGCUUUUUGAUCUUGUUCACCGUUGUCCUGGAUAAACAAGGGUUAUAGUGCAGCAAGUUUAUGAGAUCGUAGAUUUUAUUUUGUUUUCUUCUGUUAUGUCUUUUUUUUUUUUUAUACUGAAUUCUGUGAUUGCGACUUUGGUUUGGAUUUUGUUAUGUGACAUGGUAUAGAAGUGCCUGCGCUCAGAUCUCUGUACAUAACAGUACUCUUACUAGUUCAAUAAUGUCCGGAAAGUAUAGUGAUUUCGCCGUUCUCUUUAUGCUUUGUCAAUAUCCCAAGCUUGAUAUUAAAGAAGUUGCAAGGGAUU